CUGCGCAGGACACGCCCCCCGCGGCGCGCCGGCAGGGCCGGGCCGACCCACGCCAUGGCCGGCACAGCGGGCAGCGCGGGCAGCGUGGGCAGCGCGGGCAGGACGGGCAGGACGGGCAGCUGCCGGUGCACGGCGGGCAGGCAGCCGUAGCAGCGGGCACCGCGCCAUGGAGCCGGCGGGCACCCCCACCCCCACCACCCGCCACCCCGGGGGUCCUGGCGGCGCAGGACGCCAUCAUCUUCUCAGGGGCAGGUGCCCAAGGGGUGACCCCCCCCGGUGUGGCACCCCGCCGUGGCACCCACCGUGGCACCCGCCGUGGCACCCGGUGGCGCCGACGUCUUCUGGGCCAGCCUGGUGCGAGCCCAGCUGUGCGUCUGGGAGCUGCAGGGAGCCAUCGAGGCGCAGCCCCACGGGGACCGAGCGCCGUGGGACAUCAGCCACCAUGGCCACGGGGCCACGGCGCAGAGCGUCUCGCACCAGCGGCACGGGCUUGGGUGGGCGGGAGAGAGCGUCUCGCACCGGCACGUGCCCAUGGGUGGGAGCAUCUUCCACGAGGACCAAGGCCACAGAGCCACAUACGACAGCAUCUUCCACAUGUCCACGGGUGGGAGCAGCUCAGAAGAGCUCCAUGCCCACGUGCCCACAGAUGGGACCAUCUCACCCAAGUCCAUGGCCACGGAUGGGAGCAUCUUCCAUGAGGACCAAGGCCACAGAGCCACGUAUGACAGCAUCUUCCACAUGUCCACAGGUGGGAGCAGCUCACAAGAGCUCCAUGCCCACGUGCCCACGGAUGGGACCAUCUCACCCAAGUCCAUGGCCAUGGAUGGGAGCAUCUUCCAUGAGGACCAAGGCCACAGAGCCACGUAUGACAGCAUCUUCCACAUGUCCAUGGGUGGGAGCAGCUCACAAGAGCUCCAUGCCCACGUGCCCAUGGAUGGGGACCAUCUCACCCAAGUCCAUGGCCAUGGAGGGGAGCAUCUUCCAUGAGGACCAAGGCCACAGAGCCACAUACGACAGCAUCUUCCACAUGUCCACGGGUGGGAGCAGCUCAGAAGAGCACCGUGGCCACAUGCCCACAGAUGGGACCAUCUCACCCAAGUCCAUGGCCACGGAGGGGAGCAUCUUCCACAAGCACCAAGGCCACGGAUCCACAGACAAGAGCAUCUUCCCUGUGUCCACAGGUGGGACCAUCUCACCCAAGUCCAUGGCCACGGAUGACAGCAUCUUCCAUGAGGACCAAGGCCACAGAGCCAUGUACGACAGCAUCUUCCACAUGUCCACGGGUGGGAGCAGCUCACAAGAGCUCCAUGCCCACGUGCCCACAGAUGUGUCCAUCUCACCCAAGUCUGUGCCCACGGUGGAAAGCAUCUUCCAUGAGCACCAAGGCCACGGACCCACAGACAAGAGCAUCUUCCCUGUGUCCACGGGUGGGAGCAGCUCACAACAGCACCAUGGCCACGUGCCCACAGAUGGGACCAUCUCGCCCAAGUCCGUGGCCACGGAUGACAGCAUCUUCCACGAGCACCAGGGCUGUGGAUUCACCUAUGAGAGCAUCUCACAUGUGUCCAUGGGUGGGAGGAUCUCUGAUGAGCACCGUGGCCACGUGCCCAUAGAUAG